AUGCGGCCAAUCACUUGUGCUUUUGAUCCUGUUGGGAUCUCGUUUGCCUCAGAAGGUAAACAGGAGAGCUUUGAAUUUCUACGCGAGGCGGUUUCGCGUCCCGUAUCCGGCCUCGAGAACUGCAAUGUCAUCGAACCGCUUUCUGUAGGGGUACCAUGGCCAACAUCCUUCCCUGCUGCAGCCCAGUGCAAAUACUGGAGAGAGGCAGAGCAUGCAGCAGCGGAGAUGAUGGAUGAGAUCGUUGCCGCAACGCCGGAGCAACAGGGGUCCUUGCCAUCAGAGAUGGCUAACGCAAAUAAGAAAGCGGCGAAGAGGAAAGAACUUCUCGACACAUCUGCUGCUGCUCCAAUGAACAUGUUCCCGGCGGCGAAUGGCCCACGGGCAAGGAUAAUGGCUAAGGCAAACUUGCUUAUUUUUAUGCACGAUGAUGUCAUUGAAUCCGAGACGGUUGAGAUCCCGACUAUAAUUGAUUCCGCAUUUGCUGAUACUAUUGCUCCAAAUGGAACAAGUACGGAUAUAUUGUGGAAAAAUAAAAUCUUCAAGGAGUUCUCAGACGAGUGCGUUAAAGAAGAUCCGAUUGUGGGACCAGUGUUCGUGCAGGGUAUAUUGCUAUGGGUAGAUCAUACUCGCAAGCGACUGCCAGGUUCCAUGACCUUCAAGUCGCUCGAAGAGUAUAUUGAAUAUCGUAUCGGCGACUUCGCCGUUGAAUUCUGUGAUGCAGCUCUGAUGUUAACAUGCGAGAUCUUCCUGACCCCGGCAGACAUGGAACCUCUCGAUACUCUGCAUCGACUCUACAUGACUCACUUCUCAUUAACAAACGACUUAUACUCGUAUAAUAAGGAGCUCUAUGCUUUCAACGAGAGCGGAGCUGCGCUCCUAAAUUGUGUCCGAAUCAUAGAAUUGCUCCUUAACACCACGCCUAGAUCGGCGAAGGUCAUUCUUCGGGCUUAUCUGUGGGAUCUCGAACUCCAGAUCAAUGACGAGCUCACUCGACUCCUGAAGACCGAUCUCACGCCUAGCCAAAAGCGCUUCGCGCGUGGUAUGGUAGAAGUGUGUGCAGGAAAUAUAUUUUACUCUGCAACUUGUUUGCGAUACGCCAAGCCAGGUUUACGAGGUGUUUAA